AUGGCUUUCACUAAUCUCUUAGCCACCAGCAACGCCGUCAAAGUGGAUGGCGUCAGUUUUUCCUCCUUCUCCGGCAAACGAAACCACCACUUCUUGGCUCGUCGUUUGUCACUGACGAGUCAUAGUCAUAGUAGAGUGACUAGAGUCCAAACUAAUUGUUGUUAUCAUGAGACGUCUCUAAAAGCUGUGACGCCGUUCAAGACUGAAAUAAAAAGUGACAGUGACGGGAUUGGAAUCGUCCGCUUCCUAAAAGGGAAGAGCUAUUUCGUUACAGGUGCAACAGGGUUUCUUGCCAAAGUGUUGAUUGAGAAAUUGUUGAGGGGAAGUCCUGAGAUUGGUAAGAUCUUCCUUCUGAUCAAAUCCAAAGAUCAAGAAUCAGCCAACAAGAGACUCUAUGACGAGAUCAUAAGCUCGGAUCUGUUCAAGCACCUGAAGCAAAUGCAUGGGAGCUCUUACGAAGACUUUAUGAAGAGCAAGUUGAUUCCAGUAAUUGGAGAUAUUGGAGCGGAGAAUCUUGGGAUCGAAUCUGAAACAUCAGACAAGAUUACUAAGGAAAUUGAUGUCAUUAUAAGCUGCGGUGGCCGUACAACAUUUGACGACAGAUACGACUCUGCCCUAAGUGUCAAUGCUCUUGGACCUGGUCGGCUUUUAAGCUUCGGAAAGGAAUGCAAGAAACUGAAACUUUUCCUUCAUGUUUCAACUGCUUUCGUGACUGGUAAGAAAGAGGGAACAGUAGUAGAGACUCCUCUCACUCCUCUCUGCAUUGGAGAGAACGAUACUUCUGACUUGGACAUCGAAUCCGAACUGAAACUAGCUUCAGAAGCUGUAAGAAACUUCCAUGGCAGAGAAGAAACCAAGAAACUGAAAGAACUUGGUAUCGAAAGAGCUCAAAGCUAUGGAUGGGAAAACACUUACACAUUCACAAAAGCCAUGGGUGAGACCGUAAUUCACAGCAAGCGAGGAGAUAUGCCUGUAGUGAUAAUGAGGCCAAGCAUUAUCGAAAGCUCCUACAAAGAGCCUUUCCCUGGCUGGCUCCAAGGAAUUAGGAUGAGUGCUCCAUUUAUCUUGGCCUAUGGAAAAGACCAGAUUUCUCACAUGUGGGGAGAUUAUCAAGCUUCUUUUGAUGUUAUACCUGUUGACAUGGUUGCGAACGCGGCAAUAGCAGCCAUGGCAAAGCAUGGUUGUGGUAAUGUCUCAGAGCUCAACGUUUACAAUGUCACUUCUUCAUCUCAUGCGAAUCCCCUGAGUGUUGGCGAGUUGAUGGACUUUUCUCGUCAACAUCUGCCAAAACAAGAAAGGGAGAUGAUGAAUAAUGGAGAAGGAGAGGCAGAGUCACAUACAGCACUGAGUAGGAAGGGAAAGAGGAAGCUAUACUAUUUUGUGUCCCUAGCAAGAACAUAUCAGCCUUACGCCUUCUUUCAAGCUCGGUUUGAUGACGCCAACACAAGGAGUCUGAUUAAGGAGUUGUCAAUGGAAGAGAGAAAGAUGUUUGAUUUCGAUGUGGGAGGCAUUGAGUGGGAGGAUUACAUUGUCAAUGUUCAUCUUCCAGGUCUUAAAAGAGAAUUCUUACAGGAAUGA